UUCUACCUUUUGCUUUUUAGAUUUAAAUAGACUUCAUAAUAAAAUUCGUAAUUUUUCUAAAUUCAUAUAACAUGGAUCUUCCAGACACAAGCAAGGAGUAUUUCUGGUGCGCAAAGUUGGACAAGAAAACCAAAGUCAACCAAUGGGAAGGCAGAGAUGAUGGUAUGAUGGAACAACUUGUAUUAAAAAGAGCAUGCAUUGCACCCGGGGCAAAGGAAGGCGAAAGAAACUUGGUUGAAGUUACUUCGUUCAACCACAAGCAAGAGAAAGUUGAAGCUUGUAUCUGUUCGUUACGAAGUGGGUCGCAAGAAGAUGUGGCUCUUGCUGAUCUUACCAUAUUCCCACCAGCAAUAUUUAAACUGAUUCAAGGAAAUGGACCAAUUCAUAUUGUUGGAAACCACAUGAUGAUGGAUGACAACGAUGAAGAUUCUGAACAGGAUCAGGAUUAUUUCUCGGAGGAGGAAGGAUCGGAACUCUCAGCGGAGGACAGUGAUGUGGAAGAAGAACAAAAACCAAAAGGAAAAGUUGCCGCAGUCACGAAUGGGAAGGAUAAGAAAAAAGAAGCAACAAAAGCCGAGGCGAAAAAAGAUGUGAAAAAAGUUGAAGUUGAGGAAGACGAUGAUGAAGAGAUGGAGGAUGAAGAUGAUGAUGAUCUGAUGGUAGAAGACGAAGAUGAUGAAGAGGACGAAGAAGAAGAAGAAGAAGAGGAAGUAAAACCUGUCCCUGCUUCUAAAAAGCGCAAACUUGCACAAAAAGAAGGGAAUGAAAACAAGAAACCAAAUGAAGGUUCGCCUCAAAAGAAAAAGAAAAGUCCGGAUUCCGAACCAAAAACUCCCCUGCAACAAAAAGAGAACAAAGCACCCCUGAGUGCAAAGAAAACGCCAAAAACCCCAGCUAAAAUAUACGAUACUGUCGACGAAGUAAAAGACGCGAUCAAAAAGUACCCUGGUGGAAAACCUAGAAAAGAAGACAAGUUUGGUAACUGGGUUAAAUCUGCAUUUAAAGUGAAAAAUGACGAGUGGAUUAAAGAGCUGUGGAAAGCCCACAAAAAGGAACUUGGCUUAUAAACAGUCACAAGCGUCUCGAAACUCACUGCCCGCUUUUUACUUUUUAAACCAACAUCGUGGCCACGAUCUAUGUCGUCACCAAUAAUGUACAAACAAAUAAUAAUCAAAAACCUUUUCUCUCUCAAUCGAUGCGUUCAUUUUUCAACUUCGUGCAUUUCGUUUUUUUUAAUUGGCGCCAUCGUUUGCGACAAUACACCACAUUCUGUUUAAAUAACAA